GUGUCGUCACUUCCUUUAGGUGGCCAGAUAAUUGCCUGUUAAAGGAAAUGUCGGUUCACAGGCCCACGUUUUUAGCAAUGUGUUAUUGAUUUUGGCUCUAUAUUCCUCGGAAGGUAACGUUGAUUAGCGUGUGAUUUCAUUCAUUUCCUGCGUAUCUGUGCAAAGUUACUUAAAUAGACGCAGUGGGGAUUUUAGGAACUUCAGUCGGAGGAGUUGGUCAUAGCGACCCGCCAAAAGCCACAAGAUUCGGCAAGGAAGUGGCCGUUUUAAACGACACGUAACGGCUGUGUUUAACUUCUUGUGAGGAUAAUGAGUGGCGGAUUCAACUUCGGACAGAAUGCAGGGUUCGCCUUUGGAGCGCAGAAGACCACUGCCGCUGCCCCCAACGCGGGUUUUACAUUAACCAGCUCAGCAGCUCCGGGAGGGGGGUUCGCCUUUGGAAAUGCCAACCAGACCAACCCCACCGCCUCUUUCAGCUUUGGCACCCCAGCCAAGAGUUCCGCAGGCGGCACGGGGUUGUCUUUUAGCACGCCUACUGCCUCGUUUGCUCUUGCUACCCCUCAGACAACACCGGCAGCAACAGGGUUGAGUCUGGGCUCUGCAGCAACUCCGGCUGCCGGGUCAGGGUUCACCUUAGGCAGCCUGCUAACCUCGCAGCCCCCAGCUGCUGCACCAGCAGUAGCAACAGUGGCACCAAGCGGGGGAGGAUUCACCUUCGGUGCUCCCACACAAGUCCAGCCUCAGUCAGUGGUAGCACCCACAGCCACGACAGCAGCAAGUGGCAUGUCCAUUGGAGGGUUCAGUUUUGGUGCUCCCAAAGUCCAGGUGACCUCAGCUGCAGCCCCCACUGCUGCCACAGGAGCGGGAUUCAGCUUUGGAACCCCUGCAACCACCGCCUCUGCAGCUCCAACCACCCAGGGUGGAGGUUUUAACUUUGGGAUUAAACCUUCAUCAACCCCAGCCCCUACAGCAACCACCCAGGUGGCUCCGACUCCAGGCCCUACUCUGUUUGCGACACCCAUAACCACCACCGCCGCCACUACAGCAGCAGCUCCAGGAUUCAUGUUUGGUGCAGCUCCAAUUUCGGCUCCACUUUCAUCGGUGAGCACUGCAACCACCACAGCAGCUGGAGGGGGCUUAUCCUUCCCACUCAAACCUCUGAGUUCAGCAACCACCACCUCUGCUCCGGCCUCCAUCCUAACUGCAGCCGCCACCACAGGCACAGCUACGGGCUUCAUACUGGGACUCAAAACUACAUCCACCACAAGCACAACCACAACAGCCACAACAAUCGGCACCACCACCACCACUGCUCCUCCUGUGAUGACCUAUGCCCAGCUGGAGAGCCUCAUAAACAAGUGGAGUCUUGAGCUGGAGGACCAAGAAAGACAUUUCUUACAGCAAGCGACUCAGGUGAAUGCCUGGGACCGCAUGCUGGUGGAGAACGGAGAGAAGAUCACAUCCCUGCACAAGGAGCUGGAGAAGGUGAAGCUGGACCAGAGGAGGCUGAACCAGGAGCUGGACUUCAUCCUGUCCCAGCAGAAGGAGCUGGAGGACCUGCUGUGUCCGCUGGAGGAGUCCGUGAAGGAGCAGAGCGGAACCAUCUACAUGCAGAAUGCCGAUGAGGAGCGUGAGAGAACAUACAAGCUCGCUGAGAACGUAGACGCACAGCUGAAGAGGAUGUCUCAGGACCUGAAGGAGAUAAUUGAGCACCUGAACACAUCCAGCGGCCCAGCUGACUCCAGUGACCCACUCCAGCAGAUUUGUAAAAUUCUCAACGCCCACAUGGAUUCGCUGCAGUGGAUCGACCAGAACUCGGUUCUCCUGCAGAGAAGAGUGGAAGAAGUGUCUAAACUCUGCGACACCCAACGCAAGGAGCAGGAGAAGAGCUUUCGUUUAACCUUUGACUGAUCUGUUGAUGAGUUUAACUCUGCAUAAACAUUAUGCUCUUUUGUUUGGAUUUACUCAUUUCACUUUCUGUUUUGGUUUUAUUAAGAUAAAUAUUUUCUCAAUAGUUCUUUAUAAAGUUAAUUGAUCAUAUUAAAUGUUCUGGGUAGUGUGAUUAAAUAAAACAAUUGCAGUGGAUCUCA